GCGGCGGCGGCGGGGCUGGGUCCUCCCUCUGCCCCCCCGCCGCUCCCGCCCUCGCACACUCCUCUCCCACCGCCAUCCAUCCAUCCGUCCUGUCGGCACCUCGCCCGCCCGGCGCACACACGGGCGCGCACAGCCGCACGCACCCCGGCACCCUCACAACAUGCUGCCGGCCACCGGCCCGGCAUGGACCCCGGCGGCGGCUGCUCGGCUCCUCUCCGCUGCUGACUCCCCUCUGAGGAAAGAAAAAAAGGACGAAAAGGAGAAGUCGAACUCUCAAAGGGUUACUAUGCAAUUGCGACUGAUUUCUUGGUUUUUCAUCACUUUGAACUUUAUGGAAUACAUUGGCAGCCAGCACGCCUCCAGGGUACGGCGACAGGGAAGAAUGCAUCCUAACGUGAGCCAGGGUUGCCAAGGAGGGUGUGCUACCUGCUCUGACUACAACGGAUGCCUGUCAUGUAAGCCCAGGCUCUUUUUUGUUCUGGAGAGGAUUGGCAUGAAACAGAUUGGAGUAUGUCUUUCCUCGUGUCCAAGCGGAUACUAUGGGACACGGUAUCCCGACAUUAAUAAGUGUGCAAAAUGUAAAGCUGACUGUGAUACCUGCUUCACCAGAAACUUCUGCACAAAGUGUAAAAGUGGGUUUUACUUAUACAGUGGAAAGUGCCUUGAAAAGUGCCCUGAUGGGCUGGAAGCCAACAAUCACACAAUGGAGUGCACUAGCAUUGUGCACUGUGAAACUAGUGAGUGGAGUCCAUGGAGCCCUUGCAUGAAGAAAGGAAAAACAUGUGGUUUCAAAAGAGGAAAUGAAGUAAGGGUCAGAGAGAUCGUACAGCAUCCGUCAGCAAGGGGCAAUUCUUGCCCAGCUACAAGCGAGAGCAGAAAAUGUAUUGUACAAAGAAAGAGAUGUCAGAAGGAAGGAAAAGGGAAAAAAAAUAGGGAGGAGAAAAGAAAAAAGUCCAACAAAGAUGAAAGCAAGGAGACAAGACAGGAAAGCAAAGGGCGAGCAGCCCGAAGACAAAACCGAGAACAGAGGGAAAACAACAACAAAACGCAGCCGAAGAAAAGGAAAGCCCCAAACAAAGAACAGGACCUGGCACCCGUUGACACUGCACAUUAAUGGCCCUCCCUGAUUGUUUAAGUCUUAUGAUGCUGCUAUCUCUACCAGAUUGCCCUGACAGGUGUUCCAACCAUUCAGGCCGCAAAUGGACAAUGCUACCAGUUAUUAUUAAACUUUAAACAACAUUCCAAAUACUUCCUAUAUUCUCCAAGCAACCAUAGUUUAUUAAAGAGAUUGACAUGAGCCAAGGAAAUAGAAAUCUAAAGAUGGGAUACUUUAAAACUGUUAUAUUAUAUGCUUCCAUGCAUCUGUAAAAGGCAAUUAAGAAAUUUUGUAUAUAUUAAUUAUAGGGUAUAAAAUAUAGCAAUAUAAUAAUGAAUGACAUUCAGAUGAACAAUGUUCUUUUUCUUUGUAAAAUAUUUUUCAAGUUAUUGUUUAAGUAUGAGGCAAGAGAUAUGUCUAAAUCAAAGACGAAAAUCGUAUCCCUUCAUAUACUGUACAUAAUUAAGAGAAGGAGGAAAACAUUUCUGAAGAGCCAGGAGGAGCCCAAUGUUUUACAACCUCUGGUGGAGCAGGAUGGGGUUGCCCUGUGUUUUCCCAGUCCAUGCUCCGGACAUGGGCGAGAUACAUCAGGAGAAAGCCAGCAGGGUUUCAGCUGCUGAGGGAUAAGAAGAAGAAGCAUCUGCAACUUUGAAGACUGAAUCCCUGAGGAAGAAGGCAACUAGGCUGAGCUUGAAUAAUGCUCUUAUCUGUGGACAACACAAUGUUUUCUGGUCUAAACAGUGGUACCGUGUGUGCUGUUUUAUGCUUUUUAUACCUAUGUGUAACUUAAGUCUACAUUUCAAAUCUUCUGGUGAAUGACAAAUCGUAUUUGUAGGAGACAACAUUGAAUUAAUAAAAACCAGAAAAAUAGA